AUGGCAACAAUCCGUUCACGCUGUACGGACUACGCUAUCGAUCUCAAGUUCCACAUCUUGCCGGAAUUCAAACCUAUCUUGCCAUCAAAUCGGUUGCACACCGAUCAUUGGAAUGUCCCAUCGUUCGUCCAACUCGCCGACCCUCGCUUCUUCGAACCCAACCGUAUCGACAUCAUCUUAGGAGCAGAGGUUUACUAUCGCCUGCUGCUGAAAGGAUUCGUAGAUCUUGGACCGGAGCUUCCCCAUCUUAAGGAAACCGUCUUUGGGUGGAUAGUUUCCGGUAAAUACGACGCCACGGAGACAAUCCGCUCUGCCGUCGCACUCGUCUGCACUAAUGCAGAUUUGGAAAAGCAGCUGGCUCGUUUCUGGGAGGUAGAGUCCUGCCACUCGAACGAAACCCUCUCAGUUGAAGAACGAUCAUGCGAAACACACUUUGCCGCAACCACAACCCGCGAUCCUUCAGGACGGUUUGUAGUUUCACUCCCCAAGAAACUUGAUGUUCUCGAGAAACUUGGAGAGUCUCGAAGCAUCGCUAUUCGCCGUUUCAUGUCACUUGAACGGCGACUGCAGUCGAACCCGCAGCUGUUGGGAGACUACGAGGCGUUCAUUCAGGAAUACCUCCAACUAGGGCAUAUGGAGCUGAUUGACCCUAGCAACGAAGUCUUGCCGCCUGGCGAGAAAACAUACUAUAUGCCUCAUCACUGUAUCGUUCGGCCGGACAGCGCUACGACGAAACUUCGCGUCGUAUUCGAUGCUUCAUGCGCCACCGAUAGCGGCGUUUCGCUAAAUGAAGCUCUAAUGGUGGGCCCCGUCGUUCAAGACGAGCUGUUCAGCAUCCUCCUACGUUUCCGGAUGUCUCGUUUCGUCAUCGUUGCUGAUCUCCAGAAAAUGUACCGACAGGUGUUGUUGCAUCCCUCCGAUCGUCUACUCCAGCGCAUCGUUUUUCGUUCCUCGCCAUCAGAACCCAUUCGAACUUACGAGUUGCUGACGGUUACCUAUGGUACUGCGUCGGCACCGUACCUUGCGACCCGUUGUCUUCAGCAGCUUGCUUCCGACGGUGAAUCGACGCACCCCAGAGCUGCUAAGGUGCUGUCGAAAAGCUUCUACAUCGACGAUAUGCUUUCUGGAGUGGAUUCUGAAGAAGAAGGAAUCGAAGUGUGCAGCCAGAUGAUCGAUCUCCUGCAGUCAGCUGGAUUCAAGCUGCAUAAGUGGGCUUCCAACAGUCCCAACAUUCUCUACAACAUUCCUGCGGAACUUCGAGAAGACCGCAGCCUUCUAGAACUCGACUCUUCAUCGACGCCGGUGAAAACUUUGGGAUUGCUGUGGCAACCAGAUGACGACGUUUUUCGUUUCAAGAUCCCUUCGUGGUCUUAUGAAGAUUCUAUCACCAAACGGCUGGUUCUAUCUGAGUCGGCACGCUUGUUUGAUCCGCUGGGCCUGUUAGGGCCCAUUGUUCUACGUUCCAAGCUCUUUAUGCAAGAGUUGUGGAAAUCCAAAGUUUCCUGGGACCUUCCGUUAAGCGUACAGCAACAGCAAUUCUGGACAGAUUUCCGGAGUGACCUCAACGUUCUGGAUGAGUUUUCCGUUCCACGGUGGGCGGCUUCUGUAAGCGAUCCUGUGCAAACCGAGCUACACGGGUUCAGCGACGCGUCCGAGAACGCGUACGGCGCUUGCAUCUAUCUCCGCCUCGUUUCUGCUAGCGGAAGCGUAUCUGUGCACCUGAUUACUGCGAAAUCGAGAGUUGCACCUAAAGGAACGGAGAAACUAGACCAAAUGAUACGCUUACCGCGCCUCGAGCUUUGCGGAGCUCUCCUCUUGAGUCAUCUGUACGAAAAGGUGGAAAGUAGUCUGCAAAUCCCAGCUCGUUCAUUCUUUUGGACCGAUUCCACGAUAGUCGUGCACUGGUUAGCGUCGUCUCCUUCUCGCUGGAAGAAAUUCGUAGGAAACCGAGUAGCAGAGAUUCAGCAAAUCACAGCUUCCGGUAUAUGGAGGCACAUACCAGGCAUCGAAAACCCCGCGGACGUCAUUUCGCGAGGAAUGCCAGCACAGCAGCUCGUUGAGCACUCGCUAUGGUGGCAAGGUCCCAUUUGGCUGCAACAACCGAACAGGUUUUGGCCAGACCCCGUGCGAACAUCAGAUGAUCACUUCGAACGAGAGCAACUUCAGGAGAAACCAAGUGUCUCCCUUCCAGCAGUCGUCCAGAACUCCAUAUUUUCGUUGAAAUCUUCCCUUUCGAGUUUGGUUCGUGUGGUAGCCUAUAUGCAAAGAUUCUGCAGCAACUCGAAGAAGCGGAACCGAGAGACCAGAAACACCGAUACUCUAUCAACGGCGGAACUUGAGGAGGCUUUAGUGGCGCUCGUGAAACUUGCCCAGCAAGACUCUUUUGCGGAAGAUCUACGUUCAAUUCGCGCCACUGGCCAAGUGAAGACUUCGUCCAAACUGAAAGCGCUCUCUCCGGUACUCGUUGAUGGAGUUCUACGCACUCGAGGACGCCUCAGCAACGCAGGCAUAUCGUAUGCUCAAAAGCAGCCAAUGAUUUUGGACAACAAGCAUCCGUUCACUCUACUGGUCGUGCGAUACUAUCACCUGAAUCGGCUGCACGCAGGUCCCACGCUUCUCACCGCUAGCAUUCGUUUAAAAUUCUGGCCUCUCCGACUAAGAAACCUCGUGCGCAAGGUAACGCACGAAUGCGUCAACUGUUUCCGCAGCCGACCCAGCUUAAGCGAGCAAAUUAUGGCAGAUCUACCAUCGGUUCGAGUAACGCCAACUUUACCGUUCCUGAACACCGGAGUGGACUUUUGCGGUCCGUUCUAUCUCAGGCCGGUUUCGAGAAAGGCUGCCCCACAGAAGGUUUUUGUAGCAGUUUUUGUUUGCCUAUCAACCAAGGCAAUACAUUUGGAGUUGGUAGGCAACCUAUCUACGGAUUCGUUCAUCGCUUCCUUGAAGAGAUUCGCUGCUCGUCGAGGGGUGCCGAAAACCAUAUCUUGCGACAACGGCACCAAUUUCGUCGGCGCUCAACGGACACUCAACGAAUUUCUACAGCUGUUCCGAUCUCAACAGAGCCGCUUGGAUGUAGCUCAACGAUGCUCUGCCGAGGGCAUCCAGUUUUUCUUCAUUCCUCCUCGAUCGCCGCACUUCGGCGGUAUUUGGGAAGCCGCGGUUAAAUCCUUAAAAACGCACCUUCGUCGCACACUGGUCAACGCCUUGGUCACCGCCGAGCAAUUUCAGACGCUCCUUACGCAAAUAGAGGCGCUGCUCAGCUCUCGGCCGCUGACGCAGCUGAGUAACUCGCCGGAGGACUUGGACGUUCUCACUCCUGGCCAUUUCUUGGUACACCGACCUCUAACGGCAAUUCCCGAACCAUCCUACGAAGAGCUACCCAGCAAUCGGCUUUCGCAGUGGCAGCAGAUUCAGGAAUAUCUCCGUCGCCUAUGGAAACGAUGGUCGACGGAAUAUUUAUCAGGACUUCAACAGCGUACCCGUUGGACACGGGAACGAGAUAACAUCCACAUUGGAACGAUGGUGCUGAUCCGUGAGGACAACCUCCCGCCGCAGAAGUGGCGUUUCGGUCGGGUUGUUGAAGUAUUCCCGGGCAGCGAUGGGCUCGUCAGAGUUGUCAGCGUCCGCACCAAGGAUGGAAUCUACAAACGGGCAAUCGCACGAGUUUGUGUCUUGCCGAUUCCGGAUAACCACCGGGACUACGAUGCUGCAGCGUUCCAGGUGCCAGCAACACAAGCGACGUCGGAUGGGAGGGGACCUCAAGGUCCCCUCACAAGUUAA